GGAAGUAAAACAGAUCCACUGUUUAAAACCAGGAAAAAAACAAAAAAACAUUGUGAACGUAUAUGAAUAGAUUUGGAGACACAAAGGGUUACUAAUUAUUUAAAAUUGUAAUUGUAGUACUGUAUUCCAGUCAUUAAAAGAUGGAUGUAGCCCCUAUAAUGGAAGGAGUUCUUCUCAAGAUGUCACAGCAAAAAAAGAAAAUAUCACCAAAAAACUACAAGGAAAGACUGUUUGAGUUAACAAAAACAACACUUUCAUACUACGAGCACGAGAAAGGGAAACGAGGAAACAAGAAAGGAUUCAUUUUAAUCGAAAAAAUUUGCUGUGUUGAGACCGUCCAACUUGAAGAACAGACUCCGGUCGAGAGACAGUAUCCAUUCCAGAUUGUGUAUGAUGAGGGAAUUCUGUACGUAUUUGCAAACAAUGAACGCAGUCGGAUAAAAUGGUUGGAAGCAUUAAAACAUGAAAUCAAGAAAAAUUCAAACCUUUUUAAGACGUACCACAGCGGUUUCUGGGUGGAUAAAAAGUUUCUUUGCUGUAAGCAGGCAGUGAAAACUGCCCCAGGUUGCACCCUGUGGGAUUCAUCAGGAAAAUUGCAGCCAGAUCAAUGUUAUACCAACAAACAACUUCCUCCUAUACCUGGACAGGGUAGGGAACGCACAUGCCUUCCUCCCAUCCCGGAGUAUGGGAAAACCUCCCUGAAGAUUGUGGUGGCUCUGUACAAUUACAACAGACAGGACAAAACUGAACUCAGCCUGGUGAAAGGAGACAAGUAUUAUGUUUUAGAAGAACAUAGUCUUGACAGGUGGAAAGUCAGAGACACGAAAGGGACAGAAGGCUACGUACCCACCAACCAAAUACGCGAAAGGGGGCAAAGUCUAGACAUCUGUAAUGAAGGGCAAGCUCCUAGUGAACUCCUAAAAGAGCAGUCACUCAGUGAGAGCACAGAAACGGGACGCUUUACCCUCAGGCGGUCACACGGAAUUAAUCAUGAGGAUAGUGAAGACAGUUCAGACAAUUCUUUAAGUGUGCAAUCAGUCAAUGUUGAAGACUAUGAUUGGUACACAGGAAAUAUAUCUCGAGCAAAAGCAGAACAACUUUUGAAGCAGAAGGGGAAAGAAGGUGCCUUUAUUGUCAGAGAUUCAAGCCAACAGGGAAUAUAUACAGUGUCUGUCUUUAGCCUGGCACUUCAAGAUAAAAAUGGGUCAAUUCGGCAUUACCGUGUAAACGUUACUCCUGACAAUCAGUAUUACCUGGCAGAGAAUCACCUGUUUGACUCAAUCCCGAAAAUGAUUCAGUAUCACCAGCACAAUGCAGGAGGAAUAGUUACUAGACUACGCCACACAGCAACAGUAAACGUGAACAAGGUGCCAUCCUCAGCUUAUGGGAAAUGGGAGCUGAAACGAGAAGAAAUAACCCUUUUGAGAGAGCUGGGCAGCGGGCAGUUCGGAGUGGUGCAGCUGGGGAUUUGGAAUGGGAAGUACAAUGUCGCCAUCAAAAUGAUCAAAGAGGGCUCCAUGUCUGAGGAAGAAUUCAUUGAGGAAGCUAAAAUAAUGAUGAAACUGAGACAUCCAAAGCUGGUGUCUCUCUAUGGAGUUUGUACCAAAGCCUACCCGAUCUAUAUUGUGACCGAAUACAUGUCCAAUGGUUGCCUGCUAGACUACAUGAAGGCUCAUGGGAAGGAGAUGCAGCAGGCGCAGUUGCUAGAGAUGUGUCUCGACGUCUGUGAUGCCAUGACCUACCUGGAGAGCCAGCAAUUUAUACACAGAGACUUAGCUGCCAGAAACUGCUUGGUUGAAAAAGACCUGACAGUAAAAGUUUCAGACUUUGGAAUGGCCAGGUAUGUGAUGGAUGAUCAGUACACAAGUUCAGCUGGCACUAAGUUUCCAGUGAAAUGGUCUGCCCCAGAAGUUCUGAAUUACACCCGAUUCAGUAGCAAAUCUGAUGUGUGGGCUUUUGGGGUCCUAAUGUGGGAGGUGUUCAGUUUGGGAAAGCAGCCUUACGAUCUUUAUGAUAACACCCAAGUGGCUCAGAAGGUCAUGCAGGGAUACAGGCUUUACAGACCACAGAUGGUGAAUGAAGACUUCUAUAAAGUAAUCAAAAGCUGCUGGCACGAGAAACCAGAAGAGCGGCCUACUUUUCAGCAGCUGCUGGAAACUAUCCAAAGCUUUCUAGAGAAAUGAUGCUCCUCAAGAGAAACUCUUCUUCCUUUAACAUAUAGUACAAAUCAAAAGCAUGUCAUCUGUUCUUUUUAGAGAUUUAAUGGCAGUCUGUGAUUCUUUAACUGAACGACGCAACUCAGUAGUCUUAGAAAAGCCUAAAUUUCAAAUGUUUUGGGGGACAUAGUGGUAUGGAACUUUUUCUCAGAAGUUGCUUUUGACACCUUCAUUUGCAUUGUAUUUUAAACACCUGCUACUACCUGAUCUGUACAGCAAAGACUUUUGCCAUUUUAUAAAUAUUUUUCUGUUAUUUUUAGUUUAUUAAAUGAAAAAAAUACAAUUGUAUGAAGAAAUAUCAUCCUUAAAUCUAUAAUGAAUUUUUUUUUCGUGAUACCAUUGGUAUCUCAGCAUAUUAGAAAUGUUCACCCUGUUAUAUCUUUAUACAUGGGUACCAUUAGCACAGAACUACUCUAAAAAACGCUGUUGUAGUUGCCUUGAAGGUAUUUUGGAAAGUGGAUUAUAGGUUUAGAAUAUGGAUAUGCCAACCCAGAUAAAAUGGACCCAAAUGGAAACUUUAAUUUCUAAAGAUAACGUAUAUUAUGAAAGGGAGUUUAGUCAAUUUUUGUCGCUGAUGUAUUUGUUUUAUUAUUUAUUAUUUAUUUUAAAUUCUAUAUACCAGGAAGUAAAGUGAGGUAAAAUAAUUUCUAAGAAUUUAUGGAUCGUCAUUGUAUAUAUUGCUGGGUGUUGUUUUUCUUGUAAGAUUCUGUAAAUG